AUGUCCUCACGCCGAGCCGGCCCACCCGCUCCCCCAUCGUCGUCCGCCUCGGCACCACCUCCUCCUCCUCCUCCUCUCCCCGACCCGACUCGCCAACCGCUCCCUACCGAGAUCCUCCUGCUCGUCGUCGACUGGUGCGCCGAGCUCGACGAUGACCGCGACCGCGUCAUCUUCGGCAACUUGAACCACCGGCUGCGCAACAGCACCCUCGCCGCCCUCGCGCGCACGCACAAGUCGCUCCAGCAUGCCGCCGAGCGCGCCCUGUACUCGACCGCCGUCGUCUCGCCCGACUGGGGCCGCGCCGAGCAUGUGCCGCCACGCAGCCAGCUGUACUCGCUCGUGCACUGCCCGAGGCUGCGGCCCCUCGUGCGCGAGGUCGUCGUCAAGUUGCAGUCCCGUGCGACCACGACCGAGGCGGCCCAGCUCCUCGCCGUCCUGCCCAACGUCGAGGCCAUCUUCUUGUCGACGUCGGCCGCCCUGUACGUCGAGCCGCUUGAGCUCCUCCUGUCGCAACCCUCGGUCCGCAUCCGGCGGUGGUCGGUCCAGUCGUGGCGCACCGUCAUGGCCUGUACCGCGCGGUACCCGGACGCCCUGUCGGCGCUCAAGCGGCUCGACGUCAGGGAACUGUCGACGGAUGACGUCGUGGACCCGGGAGUCUGCGCGAGGCUCGAGACGCUGACCGUCUCGGCGAGGGCGAGUCCCGAGGCGGUCGCAGCGUUCACAGCCCCGUUUCGCGACACGCUUCGUCGCCUCGACCUGCCCAUGUGGAGGGAGAUCGAGCCGUACGACCUGUCGCCGCUCGUCAAGCUCGAGUACCUGAGCCUCAACCCGGCGCCCUACCUCGAGACGGCCGACCUCGAGACGUCGACGGCCGCAAUCGUCGCAACGCUGCGGUCGGCCGCCUCGCUCCCGUCGCUGUCGACGUUCGAGAUCAUCGGCACCCUCCUGUGGAAGCACCCCCGCGACCCGUCGUGGUCCUCGGCGCGCCCCGCCAAGCCGUACCAGGUCCCGCACUGCGCCAACCUCAUCGUCGACGCCAUCCCGCCUCAGAUCGUCCACCUCACGCUCGACACGUCGGCCCUGUACCCCGAGCACGUCGCCGCGUUCUUCGUCGGCCCGCGCCGUCCGCCGGUGCUGCGCUCGCUCCGCAUCGGCCACAACGUCGGGCGCGGCCUGAGCGCCAUCCUGCGCAACCGCGAGGGCUGGUACGGCGCGCUUGCCGAGACGCUCGACAAGGCGGGCGUCGACGUGACGACGGUCAACAUCGCGCCCGUCGACGACGAGGACGACGAGGACGAGGACGACGACGACGACGUCGAGUGA